UGGACUCUGAUGGUGCCGCUGCUCCCCCGGUAGAGAAGAGGGUUUCUAAUAAUGGGAAUUCCACGAAGGCUAAUGCGAAGGAGAGAUGGUCACGAGACCGGGAAAGUUAUUUGACCGACGACGACGAUGCCCUUCCUCUUCCCAUGACUUACCCAAAGUCAUCCCCCGUAUCUGCAGAGGAAAUCGAUCGGCGUCUUCGAUGCGACCCUAAAGCUGAGGAGUGCAAAGAUGUGGUUUACGAAUGGACAGGAAAGUGUAGGAGCUGUCAAGGCUCAGGGUUUGUCAGUUACUAUACGAAAAGAGGGAAGGAAACCGUCUGCAAAUGCAUACCAUGCAUGGGAAUUGGCUAUGUGCAUAAGAUAACAUCACGGAAGGAUAUUGAUGUCAUGGAGGAUUUGGAUAAGUGAUAGGCAUGCUGAUUCUUGACGGCAGUGUAUACUCGUACGUUUCCUUAUUUUGUAACCCAUGCAUUGAUGAUUACCCCAAUUCUUAUUCAAGAAUAUGUUCUUUGCUUACUAUAUAUUACUUCCUCCGUCUCAAUUCUUCAUCCCAGAAAGGAGUUUGGUUUCAAAAGUAAUUUUUCAUUUUAAAUUAAAAGAUGUGUAAAAUCAAGCAGCAAGCAGUUUUUAGUCAAUUACCCCAAACAAUUUCUGAAAUAGUUUUUAGGAGGAUAAAAGCGUGUACUUCACUAAAAAUCAAAAAAGUGUACCGUUUACUCAAACUGUCAAACAUGACUCUUUUUUGGGAGUCAGGAGGUAGUUCUAUUUGCAGAGCAACCAUGUUAUUCUCUUUUAGUCGUGAGUACUUAUAUUUACGACUCCCGCUGUAAUUGCAUUUUUUGGUUAAAGGCAUCUGCUUUACUUGCAACAUCAGGAAGUCUUGAAUGUCUCUGUUUAAGGUGGCUGAAUGUUUGAUAUGAAUGCAGUUUAAACAUUGUUAUGGUUCUCGAAACAAAAACAGCCAUAGCAAUGUCAUGCUAUCUAAAUAUCCAGUAUUAUCUCUCAAAAUGCAAGUUACCAAGGAGGAAGGCGUCAGUGCCUUCCAUUAGUAGGCAAAGUUCCAUCUCUUGCCCUGCCUACAUGCCCAAAACAGAUGAAAUGAAAAAAGUGUUUGACCGAUUUGACUUCGACAGAGAUGGAAAGAUCUCACCGAAUGAUUACAAGGCCGUGCUGAGAUGUAUGGGAAACAGUGGCUUGUCGGUCAUGAGGGAGGUUGGCAUGAUAUUUGAGGUUGCGGAUUUGAACGGCGAUGGAUACAUAGAUUUUGAGGAGUUUGUAGAAAUGCAGAGAGAUGGUGGAAUCAGAAGCGUGGAUUUGCAGUCUGCCUUCCGAGUGUUUGAUAGGGACGGUGAUGGGAAGAUUUGCGCUGAAGAUCUGUUCGAGGUGCUGCGGAGGCUCGGAGAAGGGUGUAGUCUGCUGGAUUGCCAGAAAAUGGUGAGAGCUGUGGAUGGUAAUGGGGAUGGUGUGGUUGACAUUGACGAGUUCAUCACCAUGAUGACUAGCACCAUGAGGUCCAUGACCAUAACACGAUGAAACAUUGAAACCACAUUCAGUCAGACAAAUGUUAGCACGUUUAACACUGUUUCUAAUUUUUAUGAUUCGCUUAACACUGUUUCUAAAAUUUAAUGCAUGCAAAUAUGUAAUCAUUUAAUUAUCCAUUUUCAUUUGAAAUAAUGUUAUGUUUUUUUUUACCGCAUUUUGUAUGUCCUGUGUACUACUCACGGACAUUAUUCGAUUAAGUAGAACAUUUCCCAAGUUGGUGUGUUUAGUUCAUAUGGUCAUAUUAAAGAAUUUUUAUUCACGUCA